AUGGGUUCUCCUCAGGAAAUCACUUCCUUUCUUGGUGAUGCCCCAACAAUCUUGAUGGGCGAACCUGGUGAAGAACCACGAGGGCCAGAUCUUCCCGACAAAUUCAUCGGAGUCGAGUUAGUCUCCGACGAUGAUUCCUCAGAGGAAGUGGAUGGUGGUGGCAACGAGGAGAAGGAGCCAGAGGUCGAGAAGGAAGAUGAACUGGUCCGAACUCCAGUUGAGGAAACCAACGAAAAUCAACCAUCCAAGCUUCCAAACCCGGGUGCUGUAUGA